AUGAAAGGCUUUUUAAUCAAGAAGUUUACUUUAUUUGCUUUAGCUACAGUAGUCUUUAUAACAUCAAACAGCAUGUGCCUCGCUGAACCGAGGAGGUCCAGUCUGCAGAGCAGAGAAGACUAUGAUGACAAAUAUUUUGAGAUUAAAGAUAAUAUCCUGGAAGAAAAUCAGAGAAGUCUCAACUUUGAAGAAAUGAAAGACUGGGGAUCAAAAAAUAUUAUUAAAAUGAAUGCGCCUGCAGUAAACAAGAUGCCAAAUUCAGUUGCUAAUUUACCUCUUAGGUUUGGAAGAAAUGAUCCAGAAGAAAGAAGCAUUAAGCCAAUUGCUAAUUUUCCUCUGAGAUUUGGGAGAGCUCUUGGAGAGAGUCUGCUUAGACAUGCCCCAGAUUUAUCUCACAGGCUUGGGAGAUCUCCAUUUGUUAAAGGUUCCAUUCAAUCACUUCUAAAUUUGCCACAGAGAUUUGGGAAGUCAUUGUCUGUCAAUCUGUCUCAAGAUGUACAGGAAUCUGAGCCAGGGAUAUGA